AUGGCUAUAUUUGCCGUCCAUUUCAUCUACCGAUACCUCGUCGCUGCUCGCAAGAAGUUACUGCGUACUUUUCAAUCGAAAUCGAUUGUUUUCUGGAUGCUAAUUCCAGUUUUGAGCGGAAGUGCAUGGGGAUUCGCGUGCUACUUUCUUUGUGGAGUCACUGUCGCAAAGAGCAAAUACGUUAGGAACAAUGUCUUGGAAACUUAUGACCUGGAAAUUGAUGACAUGGAAUACGUGGGGCCGUAUUUCUAUCAAGCAGACGAUAAACUCGGAUAUAUAAUUGAUGUGGAUUCAUGUUUGGUUAUUGCAUUGACUUCAGCGAUCCUUGUAGGUAUCUCUUCAUUCUUUUGUUCAAUUUCUCAUUCUUUCAGGUCAUGUCACUAUCGACUGUUGGGUACUUCGGCUACAAAUGCUAUGCUGAAAUCAACAAACUCAUGGACCGUUCUUCCAAAUCGUCAGCCCGCAGUCGCAUUUUCCAACUGCAAUUGUUCUACGCUCUGGUCACGCAGACCCUCAUUCCUGUCAUUCUUAUGCAUAUUCCCGUCUUCUUCCUCUUCGUUUUCACAGUUCUCGACAUGGAUAUAGGAAUGCUCAGCGGCACUGUUACGAUUGCUAUUGCUCUGUUUCCCGCAAUAGAUCCUAUGCCCACUAUGUUAAUCAUCAAGAACUACAGAAGUGCACUCAUCGGUGAGACAGUUGCAACAACUCCGUACGCUUAAAUUUACAGGAGUGCUCACUUCUUGCUGUCGUCGUAAACCAAGAAUAACAAAAAGAGACACAUCCGCAUCGAUAAAUUCCAAGUUCUGA